AUGAAGCACUUGUGGCAUAUUUCUGUCCUGUGGGUCUUUUGGGUGCUCAUCUUAUGGCUAAUGGCCUCCUGCCUGGAUCAGAAACCUGAAUCAGCACCCCAGGAAAAACUGAUAUACUUGGUACCAUGGCAUUGCAACUGCUCUUGGUUCAAAUCCAGGAAAUGUGGCUGCCCAUCUGGGAUCCUCAACUACUCCCUCUGCCACCACACAGUCAGAGAACAGAACUGGUUUGACGCAUUCUAUGAGAAGACGAUGGGGUACCUGAUGGGGGCAACAGAGUCCAUGACCCCCAAUGCUGUGCUCCCAUGGUUGGGCACAAACUCAGCAAGUGAACUGGACAAAGUGUGGAAGAAGCUGUUCAAGGUGAUUCCCAGACCUUCAGUGAGCCAUUUUGAUCUCUACUGUGGGACUUGUGUGUUAAUGGAGAACUUGAAGAUCCUGCAGGCCUCCAGCCUCCACAACAACGUCAACCAACACACCACAGUCUUCAGGAACAAUGGGGACCAGGGUUCCUGGAGACAGCUGGUGCUGCUGGUCCUGAAGCUUUCUGGUCUGGCAUGGACUUCAGAUGCUCUGAGUGAGGAGAUUUCAGAAGAUGGUCUAGUUCCCUAG